GAAAAAAACUGCCUGAACGGGCCAGAACAGUGGGAUUCACAUGCUCCGUAGCCCCCUCUCAAAAAAAAAACAUGCUCCGUAGCCCUGGAGCCUGCUCUCGACGACGGCAUUUAUCCUCCGCCGGCGGCGACCUGUCUCCUUCGCCGGGAAGCCAGAAACAAGAUCUGAGAUCAUUUCCUCAUCCAUGAGGCCAUGACUCUCCUUUCCUCGACCCGCGGCCUCGCCUCUAGCUCUGAUUCGUGCAGACAUGGAUCAUAACAUGGAAGUUACUGCUGCUAAGUUAACUGACGACCUAGUGGUCGAUAUUCUCUCCCGGCUGACGUACAAGUCCUUUUGCCGCUGCAAAUGUGCCUAUAAGGCCUGGUCUACCCUCUCCUCUAAUCCAGACUACAGCAAGAAGCUGCCCACAAAAGUAACCACUGGCCUUCUGUACCAAAGCAACGACAAGUCUGCUAUCCCGCUUGUCAGUUUCUCCCGAAAUGAUGGAGAAAUUGAUGGAGUUCUCGCUGAUGUGCCACACUAUGAGCAUCUAGAACUCGUCGACUGCUGCAAUGGUCUAGUCCUUUGUAAGUACAUGAGUGGCUUUACUUCUCCAGGCAUUUGCCGCUUUGUUGUGUGCAACCCAGCAACACGAGAGUGGAGGACACUUCCUGAUACUCAUUCUGCGACAGAUGACCCUCUGUAUGUAACUAUAUUGGCCUUUGAUCCAUCAUGGUCACCACAGUUCUACGUCUUCAACUUUCAUCUGAAGCAUGAGCACCAUUUGAUACUUGGUACUAGCAACCUUGAGAUAUUUUCAUCUGAAAUUUCUUUAUGGCUUGUGGAUGAUACAUGGGAUCCUGAGAUAACUUUCCCUUGGUGGAAGCCACACUUAUUUCUGAACGGAAUGAUGUAUGUGGAGACUACUGGAGCUAAAAUUGUAGUGUUCGAAGGCUUCGAGGCAAUGGGUCAUGGCAUACUGCCUUAUCAUUGGUCCAUUGAGUUGCCACCUGACGCUUUAUACGUGGCUAGUUUCACCAAUGGUUGCUUUGGCAAAUCUUCAGGGAUCUUACACUAUGCAUUGCCACAUAAGAAUGGUCACUCUAUUGUAGUUUGGACUUUGGAUGAUUAUGCUGAUAACUUAUUUGUUUGGAAUGUGAAGUGUCAUCUUAGCAUGAAAGAUGCAUUUGGAAGAGAUGACUUAGUUUACUAUGACAAUGCUGGCUUCGAUGGUGGCCCUGAAUUCUUUUGGAAUUGUGAUUAUCAGGUCGUCUCUGUUGACUUGGAGAGAGAGCUUGUUCUCCUAUGUGACAAGAAGACAAAGGGGCUUCUUUUGUAUAACAUCAGAACUGGAGAACUUAACAAGAUACGAGACGACUGGUGGUUGUGCCAAUGCUCCUACUAUGUACCAUGCUACUCAGAGCUUCCAGCCCAAGGACAACCUUCAGUGUAGUGAAUGGCAUCUUAUAUUUUUGCCUUUGUCCUUCUGUGACUGUUAGUCUGCUUUAGAUGCUGAACCCCCUUGUUAUAUAUUAUGCUAGUCAGUGUCAUCCGUGUGAUCGGUCCAAGAACCUAAAACUAUCCUUUCCAUUAUUGUGUAGAUGCGAAGUUGUUAUGUUCGUGUACUAACCUAGGACUCAAUCAUCCAUGUUUCCCGGUUUGCUGCCUUGGUAAAGUUUAUUAUUAUUAUGUAAGACGGCAUGUCUUACUUAUGCUCCA